AUGGCGUCAACCGCGACGGGUCGGAAUGUUGUGGACAAGGAAGAGGCGGGUUCUACGAACACAGCAACGGAGUCACCAAUUGGAGCGCAGGAACAAUCAGAUGGAUAUCAACAAGAUGCGACACUUACGGAGGACAAGAAAGAUGGGGACAAGAAGACGAAGAAGCCAUCAAAACUCAAAGCAUCCUGGGAUAAACUCGGUCUGGAUGUGCCUACGCUCAUGAUGAUGGGCAAAGCCGCGCUACCCCCAACAAUUGCUUUGGCCAUGUACCAGGCGACGGAUGUUGCGCAAACGUUCACCACGCUGGGCUACCUAACAGCUAUCAUUAGUAUCCUCGGAUUCUGUAUCAUGCCGCGUGCAAAGUUCAUCCAGACGAUGAUGAUGAAUAUAUUGGCGACAUGUGUUGGUUCAGCCCUUGCCAUGCUCAUGGUCUGGACAGGAGUAAAAGCUCGACAACACACGACUACACCUGGAGCGCCACCACAACGUUAUAACCCCUCGCAGUCGGUAGUUCUGGGAGUAUGGCUCUUCUUCCAGAUUUAUGCCAUCAACGCGAUGAAGGCGAAGUUCCCGCAACUGGCUUUUCCAACGAUCAUAUAUGCCAUUCAAGUCAAUGUUGCAGCGACGAACGGCUUUCUGUUUCAAACAGUACCGCAAUGCGAGGCCUUCAUCCGAAGACUCCUUGAGGCCUUCUUGACUGGAUUCGCGAUCGCGACGGGAGUGAGCUUGUUCAUUAUUCCUGUUACAUCACGCAAGGUGGUGAUGAAGGAGGUGGCAGGGUACAUCGGCUUGCUGCGCGGAGCACUUGGCGCGCACAAGGGCUACAUUCACAGCUUGGAAACAAGUGAUAUGUUUGGGGAGAAGUACACACCAGAGGAUGGAGACGGCAAGAAGAAGGUCAAAGUCAGGCCCGAAGUAGAGGCUAUCAAGAAGAUGACUGGAGCACUGCAAGCAUUGCACGGAAAGCUCACUGCGGACCUGCCAUUUGCGAAACGCGAAAUUGCUUAUGGAAAAUUAACACCAGAUGACCUUGAGGCCAUGUUCAAAAAUUUGAGGUCGAUCAUGCUCCCUAUAUUGGGUCUUGGUUCGGUUAUGGAUCUUUUUGAGCGUGCAGCUGAAAUCAACCACUGGGACGGACAAGAGGACGAACACGACGAGGAGCUCCGCAGACAAACCGUUCAGGAAUGGAACAAUAUGUUUCAAUUUGUCCAUGAACCUUUCAACAACAUCUUCCAGGCUCUCGACGAUGGACUUGCACACGUAAUGUUGAAGUUACAGCUCGUCAAGCCACCCAAAAAGAAGAAGGGUCAAAACCAGAACGAUACUGAAGCGAAGGGCGACGCCAUCAAACCAGGAGAAGCGGGCUUCGCAGAAUAUAUGCAGAAGCAAGCCGAUGCCUUCUUUAGCAGGAAGGAACCUACCCUGCGCCAUUGGGUCGAAACCAAGGGCAUCAAGCUUCGCGAUGAUUACUUCUCGUCGCCGUCAGCACUUGAUGAAGAAACUCUAAAGCUUAUGCCCAGCAUCACCACGCGAAAACGGGAUCAACGUCAGCUCUUCAUGGUACUCUACGUCAUGUUUCUCUUGAGCUCGAUCAGUCGCUCAGUAAUCGAGUUUGUCAAAUUCGCGGACGAGCAUGAUCAAGCAACUGCAAAAAGCAAGUUCAUAUGGCCUGGUGGACGGCGUUUCAAGAAAUGGGCGAAGAGCAUAUUCCAGAGUCAGGACUCCAACUCCGAAGACGAAACAACGGUUGCAGGAUUCGACAGGAGCAGCACGACUGUUUACAUGGGCGAAGCGUAUAAACAGAAGAAAGAUCCCGAACAUCUGCCACCUGCAAACGCGUGGGAAAAGUUUGGCAAUGGCAUUCGUGGCGUCUCACGUUUCUUACGAAGUUCCGAAUCAGCUUUUGGUUUCCGCGCCGCGUGUGCAACACUGAGUAUCGCUGUCAUCGCCUUUCUUCGCCCAACGCAACAGUUCUUCGUCGAACAACGCUUGGUCUGGGCGCUUAUUAUGGUCGCCAUAUCUAUGACUCCAACAGCCGGUCAAUCAAUCUUUCAAUUCAUACUCAGGAUCGCUGGUACUGCAGUCGCAAUGGUAGUAGCCUGGCUCAUAUGGUACAUCCCUGGACAGAAAACUCCAGGUAUCCUGGUACUCCUUUGGUUCUUCGUCGCAAUCGGCUUCUACAUUCCAUUGAAGCGUAUGGAUCUGGUCAUUGUUGGCAUGAUCAGUGUGGUUACUGUUACGAUGAUCGUCGGUUACGAACUCCAAGUUCGCAAGAUUGGAGAACGGGCUGCAACAGCAACAACAGGCCAACCGGCAUACCCGAUUUACGAACUCGGACCCUACCGUCUCGCCACCGUCUGCGGUGGUCUAGCUGUCGCCUUCUUCUGGACCAUUUUUCCUUACCCUAUCACCGAACACUCUGCACUCCGUCAGAAACUCGGUGGCGCUUUGUACCUCUCUGCAAACAUGUAUUCCAUCAUGCACGAGCAGGUCAUGGGUCGCAUCCGUGGCGAACUGGGAGGCGAUGAGGAAAGCGACAAAGAAAGUCCAGGCUACCAGCUCGUCAAAGCCCGGAAUAAGGUCUUCGCCAAACAGAUGCUCACCCUACAAGGACUGAAGAUGCACGCCGGAUUUGUAAAAUGGGAGUUCCCCCUCGGAGGCAAGUUCCCUAAGGAAGAGUACGAAAAGAUCAUUGGUUAUGUCGAAAAUAUCGUAAACUACACCGCCCUCCUAGGCUAUGCCUCCCAGGCCUUCACCCACCCCUCGCUCAACCGCCAAUCCGCUGACCCAACCUCCCCCUCAACAUCCGAAGCCGCCUUUUCCGAUCACCACUCCGCCCAAUGGUUCAACGACUUCCGGCGCGUAAUCCUCUCCGCAAAAGUUACCUCCCACGAAAUAACAUCCUUACUCGCUAUGCUCUCCUCCAGCAUCACAAACGGACAACCCCUCCCUCCAUACCUCCACGCCCCACCGGGUGCCCAACUAUCCCGCAAACUGGAGAUGGUGGACCCCGAGAUUUUGAGCCUAAGACAUAUCGCAGAACCGGGGUAUGCGGCGUUUGCGGUCAUGAGCAUAAGUACGAGGUGUAUACAUAUGGAUAUUGAGCGGUUGUUAAAAGCGGUGAAGGGGUUGGUUGGGGAGUUGGACUUUUCGUUCCAUGUGGUGAGUACCAAGGGGGCCGAGGCAGGGAGUUCAGAGGAGACGCUUGUUAAGAAGAUGUCGAGGAAGCAGGAUUAG